CGGGAAACUAGAACCACGGGACAGUGCAGCCGAAUGUCCUGUGGCAACUUCCAAGGCUUAUAACCUGAUUAAGCUCUAUGAGACCAUCGCAUUUAAGAGUGCAUGCAAGUUACACUACACCGAUGAAGAAAAGGACAUGUCGUUGUAUCGAUACAUAAUGGCUGGGAAGAAGUAUCAUGAGUUCAUGGUUGGGAAUGUUCCCGGCAUAAGCCGAGCUACCCUUCUAAGGCACAUGGACAAACAUACAACGGACAUUAAAGAUGGGGUGAUCGACGCGGCGGGUCUGAAGCGUUACCUGACCGAGAACGGCUAUCCGCUGACGGUGAUGCUUGCGGAGGAUGGGACGAGGGUUACCCCGCGUGCCCAGUACGACGAGCGAACAAACACUUUGACUGGACUAGUAGCUCCGCUUGACCACACGGGACUUCCCAAACGAAACUACUUUGACGCCAGCAAUGCGCAGGAUAUGGCUGACAAGUUGAAAAAUUGCCGACUGGCAAGCACUGCAUACGUUCAACUAGCAGUACCUCUAGAUCCAAAUGCGGCCCCGUACGUGCUGUUCUACAUGGGUACGGACAACAGCUUUACGUAUGCAGAUGUACUCAAGCGUUGGCUUCACACCAUCGACUUGCUGAAGAAGCAUGGCAUCACCGUUUUUGGUAUAGCUUCAGAUGGGGACCCAACUCUCCUGAAGGCAAUGCUCAGCAUCAUGCAAUUGGCAGAUGUACCGUGUGAUGAGCUAGGUGUUAGAUUUCUUUGGAAACUUGUUCAGCGCACCUAUCUGUACCAAGAUAUAACGCACACAGUGAACAAACUAGCGCGCAAGUUGUUCAAUCGCAAACGAGCGUUAAUGAUUGGUACAUCGGUGGCUAGCGUUACCCACCUCGAUGCCCUGUUGGAUAAGGUUUCGAAGGACAAACACGGUCUCACGUACGGUGAUCUUCACCCGACCGACCUCAUGAGCUUUCGACCUACGGAAAAAGUAAUGGAGGAAGCCGUUAUCAACCUGUUGGAGGAACAUGUGCCUGGUAGCGAGGGCACGGUAGUGCUGCUCCGCUACAUGAGCGCUAUAUACCGAGCAUAUACUGAUGUAUCGUUGGCGCCGAUUGAAGCCAUCUCAAUGCUCUGGGAGGCGUUGUUUUUCAUGCGGGCGUGGAGGAACUGGACAUUGAAGAAUAGAACAAGCAGCUUCCAAUGUGUGACAGCAAACACGUACGCUUGUCUUGAGAUAAAUGCUCACAGCCUUGUGCUGGCAGCAAGAGACUGCCGCGAUCGUGGCCGACCCGAGGAAUUCUUAGUGAGGUGUUUCGGCAGUCAGGACGUCGAGGCGACAUUCCGGAAUCUUCGAUCGAUGACGACAAUGAACCAUACCCAGACGAACCUCACUUUCAAGGAAAUCGGCGAAAAGCUGCGGCGAGCUCACAUGCUGCAUCAAAUUCAGCACCGUAACCGUAUUAAGUUUCGAUUCCCUGGUCACACGGGUCCGACCAACGAGUCCGUGCUACCGACACUGCCGACGGAUGCUGAAAUAAAAGCCGCACUAACCAGUGCUGAGGGGAGGGCAUCUGAGGUCUUGGGCAAGCUUGGCCUCUUGCAGGCUGAACAAUCUUUCGAGUUUAGUGUACAUGCCCUCGGGGACCGGAACUGGGAAGACUUGAUCGUUUCCGAUAGUGAGUCUGACACGGAGGACCAUGAAGACCAUGAACCCGGUCAGGAGGUGUAUGAAGCUAAGCAUCUGUUUUCAAACUUUUCGGGCCAGAUCGCGCUGCCUAACAGCACGUCCGAUAAGCACAUCUACCUGAUACGAGAUGACCACGGGAAGGUGUUUCACGUUAAGAAGAGUAGUGUAGUGUGGAUGCUUACUGCGUCUAAGGUUCAGGAAAAAGCUCGUAUGAUACGUUACAAACAGCCCAUGCCUAACUAGGGCAAGGUAGGUUGAUUAGG